AAAGUUCAACUAAAAAUGGCUUCCUUGUCUUUGGAGUCUGCAGAACAAACCGAGAAUAGCGCAGGGGGGUUCACACAAGAAGAAGCCAAAGUUAAAGAAGAGACGGAUUCGGACGAAGUUUCCGAACAACUGCUCCAAACUUUUCAGAACUCUUCCCUGAGCUUUUCCACCGACCAAGUCGCGUGUCUUUGCGAAGCGCUCUUGCAGGCGGGCAAUGUGGAUCGCCUGUGGAGAUUCCUUACCACCAUCCCUCCUUCGUCUGACCUGCUACGUGGCAACGAGACCCUACUGAAGGCCCAGGCUUUAGUCGCCUUUCACCGCGAAGAAUUCAAAGAGCUAUACGCAAUUUUAGAAAGCCGGGACUUUCACCCGAGUAACCAUGGGUUCCUUCAGGACCUCUAUUUGCAGGCACGUUACAAGGAGGCAGAGAGGUCCCGAGGACGCAGCCUGGGCGCCGUGGACAAGUACCGACUUCGGAAAAAGUUUCCUUUGCCAAAAACAAUUUGGGACGGAGAGGAGACCGUGUAUUGCUUUAAAGAAAAGUCCCGAAAUGCUCUCAAAGAAUGCUAUAAAAUAAACAGGUAUCCCACUCCAGACGAAAAGAAAAAUUUAGCAAAACUUACUGGACUUUCUUUGACUCAAGUUAGCAACUGGUUUAAGAAUCGCCGACAGAGAGACCGAACCCCGUCCGGUACCAACAGUAAAAGUGAAUCGGAUGGAAACCACAGCACAGAGGAUGAAGCUAGCAAGGCAGAUCUGGAGGAUAUAACUGACAAAUCUGCUGCUCAAGAGGCUGUAGGCUCGACUGCUUCUCUCAUAUCCCUCUCUGGUGCACCUUGUAAUACUGGAGGUCAGCUCAUUCUCAACAGCACAGGUGGAUUCUUGACUAGCCCUCAUCCCCUGUUGCUCAAUGGAAGUCCAUUGCUAUCAGGGACAGGAACUGGAGUCAUCAUCAAUGGACUUACACUGAGUGAUGGCCACACAGUCACGCUUAGUUCCAUUACAACUAACCCUCCACUGUUGCUCAAUGGGGCUCAGGUUAUUUCUAAGGGCAGUGAAAUUGACAGUAGCACUGAGGAACACUGUGUUGCUGACAUGGAUACACGGGCUAGUCUGUCCACAGUAGUCCUAAACCCACAAGCCAACCUCACCAGUGCAGUUCCUGUUCCGAUACCUGAGGAAGCGAAGGUGUCUGACCGCAGUGUGUCUCCACUGGAUUUUAUUAAUGUUCCAGAAAGUGUCAUGAUAAAGAAUGAAGAUGCCAGCCAAACAGUGCCUGCCACUUCCAUAUCGACAUCCACAAUCUCUUCCACAGUGAUAAGUCCGACAUCCCUUCCUUCACUGACACUGACCCAAAAUGGGAUUCUUUCUCCAACAGUUUCUUCAUCUGGUACAAUACUUUCUAGCCCCAUCGUGCCACUACAAUCCACUCAGCCAUCAGAGGUCAUGGUGUUGGCAUCGACUGGUUCUCAGUUGGACUCUACCACCUCUAUCUCUCAUGUUGCAUCGUCUUCCACUGUCUCCAGCCCUCAGGUCCUUUCUUUGCCCCAGGUGGUACCAUCUAUCCAGGGCAUGCCAGUAUCCCAGUUAGUGCAGCACCCAUCUGGGCCUCAGGUCUCUUCCUGCCCUCAGCUUGUGCCAGUGUCUCCCAUAACACCUCAACUACCCCAAGGCACCAUCCCUCAGUUUCAGACCCAGACUCUACACAUUGGUCGGAGGCCUACUAAAGUCCAACCUCAAAAUGGCUCCUCUGCGCUUGGUGACAACACUGUUGUGUCUAUCCCCUCCCAGGUAUCAAAUGGACAGCUACCACAAGGGCUGACAUUUCAACUGGGAGACCAGUGCAAUUCAGCUUCCACCCCCCAAAUACAGACCCCAAUGGGAACCCAAGUCCUUCCUAUCUCCUCUCCAAUGCAGGUUGUGCCUGUUUCACAGUCCAAGGACACAGGGCAGGCCCAAUUGGUCCCAUUGCCCCAACUUAUGCCAAUGUCCUCCAUUGCUGGAGCCCCUGCAGGGACUGUCUCUUUUCCUCAGGUGGUCCCAGCAGCACCUUCUCUGUCCAUACCAUCCACUGGAGGUGCUUUCCAGAUUUUAGCCUCUGGUACUGGAGCAGGUGUUGGUGUGGCCCAGGGACCUAUACGUAUUAGCCCAAUAGGACCCCCUCAGAGUGUACCUACACCUGGGCCUAUUCCAAGUGUCCAGCUUCUUAAUUCAGGGGUGAUUCGUCUCCCUACUUCUCCUCCAGGUAACUUCCUCCUGGCAGGAAGCAGCCCAUUCCUGAGUGUUCAGAAUGGCAAACUCAUCCUCACCAUCCCAACUGGCAUCCAGUUCACCAGUAUGCCUGUCAAAUCCAUCCCAGAAAAUCCAGUCCCAGACACUAGCAGUGGGCUGGAGCAAACUCCACUUCAUUCUUCGUUAGAUAAUCAGAUGGUUUCGUCAUCCUCUGUCCCAACCUCUUGUCCCCUACAGUCAUCACCUUUCAUUGGCUCAUCUUCACUUUACUGCAGUCCUGAACCUGGAACUCUGGCCAAUCCUACUCCAGGGGCCUCUCCCAACACUCCAGACUCCUCAACCCCGACCCCAAGUAGUGUGCUACCAUCCCAGCAGACCCUUAGCCCUGAGAGUAUGCUUUCUUUCAGUCCCAUCAGCAGUGGUGUUUCUAGUGGUUCCCACCUCCCACAACCAGCAUGGAGCCCUGUUCCCUUGGCCUCAUCUACUGGCCUUGCGCUGUUCGAUGUACGUGGCAAAGGGGAUCUACCUGAGGACCCAGCUUUGUUGGGCUUACCAGGUGGAGAGUCUCUUUUAUUGGGCACCCCUCCUCCAAGUGAUGACUUGGAAAGGGAGACUCAUCUGGAUGAUGUGGAGAUGGAUGGAGACUCGAAAAUUCUGACACAACUACAGUCUGUCCCUGUGGAUGAUGAAUUGGGCUUGUAACGCUUCUUCCCCUGGGCCUCUGUGUCCAGUGAACUCAGUCACCAAUAGGUUACACUCCUUAUAUUUAUCCCAGAGGACAACUGAUAUAUGACCUCUGAGGUAGGAAUCCUGGUUGUAAACUCAAAACACCCUAUUACUUCUCCUAUAGAUUUAUGCUAAAAUAGUGCAGAAGACCAGUGCUGAUAACUAACAAGGUGGGUAGUCAGCUAGCACACUUUUGCUGAAACCAACAUUUAGCGAAAUCAUAAAACCAGCAUAUGUUAUUGAAGUUUUACUUAUCAAUGAGGAGCCUGGGCACUGAUGUCAGGAGCACUAGCCUCUUGCCUUCCCUUGCCUUCCCUCAUUGAUGGGAGACCUAGAGCUACAAUGUGGCCUAAAACAAUCAACACUGGUUGCCAUUCUCGUGCUGAUUAGUACUCAUUAUGCCCAUUGUCUCUCAUCUACUCAUCAUGCCUGUUGUCUCUAAAGAAGGCAUUGGUGGUACAGAAAUCUUUAGAUAGGUAACAUUACCUUGGAGGCACGGUUGUUUUUUCAGUUUAAAUUAUGCAUGUAAACUUGAGCUAGCAAUGCAACUGCUGUGUACUAGUUUGAGAGGAUGCUCCUAAUAGUUUGAUUUAUCAGACACUCCAGUCCAUCACUACAGUGCAGCAUGUAUAUGCAGAGAAGGCUUUUAUAGAAAAGGAAAAAAGGUUAGCUUCUAACCAGCAUCAGGGUUGAAACAUAAAGUAGAGGAAGUCUAAAUGGAACUUUGUUUCUAUAUAUAAGCACUGUAGAUAUUGCGUCUUGGUAGCUGGGAUGCCCACUUUGUGCCUUGUCACAUUCAUCAUAUACAGUCCAAAUUCAUUUUGCUCAGCUAUUUUGUGGUGCUGAACACAGUUGUCAGAACACAGCACAUUUCAGAAUGGAAUUGAAGGAGUAAAGUCCUUUUUGUGGUCUCUGUUAGACAUAUUGUUGAUAAUCCGUGUUGUCUCAGUUCCAGAUAUGACCAUGCAUGCUGACACUGAAAUAGGAAGCAGCAUAGCUCGCAGGUCUGACACAACCACUGUUGGAAACGAGGGCGCUCGUCCCGCUUUAGAGCAUCACGAGCCUUGGCAUUUGUGACAGUUCCACGCUUAAUACAAUUACUAGACACUUUCAACAUUCAAGGACAAUGUAUUUGAAAAAGCUGGCUUUUACUCUAAAUUUACUUUAAAUAGGACUGAUUUUAUGUGGGUUGUGUAAUAGAACCAGGAUUACAGUUUUGUGAGCACUACCAAGAUCAAGUGCAUAAUCUCUUGCAAUUUCUCAUUAUCUCCUAAAUAGGAAGAGUUUCAUGAAUGUUUUAAACAAUUAGUUUGAUAAAAUACUCAGUUAUUUCAUCAGUUUUAGCUACUUUAUUGUGCUACCCAUCUCCUUCUGCAUAGUAUUCGUCUGCAAUAUGUGUAUACACAUCUAUAUUUAAUUAACCAUUUAUGUACAUUUUAAGUAUAAACUAGUUCUUCAGAGCAUUACUAGCAUCUCAUCUAUGCCAGAUGUUAUGUGGAUGGCACAUUGGCUCAUUAAACCUGUCAUCUCCAUGGAAAAAGUGGGUAGUACCGAUGGCUUUAGAUGUUGUUGGCAAAGCACAGGGCAGUACUUUAUAGACAUACACACAGAAUGAGGUCUGAUCUUUCCAAGUUUAAAUUUUUCACGAAAACUCCUUCGUUAUACAACUAGUUUACAAGAUAUUGCUCCUUUUUAGUUGAACAUUUUGUUAUUUAUAUGACACUCCAGUCCAUCACUACAAUGCAACAUAUGUUGAAAAGGCACUGUUGGCCAGUUUAUUUAAAAAAUAAAAAAAAAAAAAGGAAAAAAAAAAGAUAUUGUAUUUUAACGCUUUAUCUAUGCAACGACUAGGUUCUCCACUGAAAAGUGAACUGGUAACCCCAACUUGGGAGUAGUGUUGGAGAGAUGUGGCAUAACUACAGUUACUAUACAGAGAAGUAAAGCUAUACCUAGUAACCUCUUUUUUCUAAAAUGACAUUUAGGCUAAAACAGGGUGUACACUGUUUGAUUGCAGUCCAGUUUUCACACUACAUUACAGCAUUUAUACAUAAAUGAUAUGUCAGUUUGUUUGUCUUGGCAUGUUGAAAAGUAUUUUUUGUCGAAAUGUAGGUUUUUUUCAGUUGCAUGAAAUGCCAUCUUUUACUCCUCUGCAGUCAAAUCAAACAGAACUGUGCUCUCCAAAUUCAGGUCAAUACUAAAAUUGAAUGACUUACUCAUGAAGUGUGUGCAAAGUUCCUUUCACCAAUUUGUCAAUGGUGUACUGUUAGUGAUCUCAUGUCCUUUUGGUUAAUUAACUAAAUUAAGUUAAUUGUAACACAUGUAGCAUCAGCAGUAUGGUUCUGGGUGCCUUUGGUGGAAAGGAAGCCUGCAGGCUUUGUACAGCAUGACCUUUAACUCCAUGUGCAUGUCACUUGUUCUGGUGGUCAUUUCCAGUAGUCUGUGUUUUGCUCUACAGAGGGGACAUGUCUUAAUGUUUUGCACAUUUUAGCCAUAAAACAUUGCUUUGUUUCUUCUUUGGAAUACCCUUUUGGAAGCCAUCUAGAACUUGUGCAAUUAAUUUCCCUCAGCUACUUAACUGUAAACUUAUCACGAACAUGCAUUGGGUGGUUUCUUUCAUAGACCUGAGGGACCCUGCCUUUGGUACACAUAAUCUCUUGUUAAUUCUGGCCUUUUCCCAAUUCUAAUUACAUAUUUUAGUUUGUGUGUAUUUAAGGCAUUUAUCAGUUAUGAAGUGGCAUUUUGAUGUUAGAGGACCUGGACUUUAAUAGGUAUACGCUGCAUGAUCCUUCACAAAGAACAUCUUGUGUGUUCUAUACUAUACAUUCUAAAAUACCUUUCUGGAAAUGGUUGUAUUUUACAAGUGUAUUUGAGAUGUCAUGUAGCAUUUAUUUGCCAAAGGUUUGUAUUUCACUUUUUCCUAUCGUCUUCCAUUUAGCUGGAUAAUGUAUCUUGCUUUUUUAUAUGACGGAAACAAAGGGAAUUUCUGUGUGACAGUUCUGCCACUCAUGAGUGUUGCAAUGUAUGAAAGUGUGACUGAGUGAUUUUUGCAGUAGCUGUUACAAAAUCAUAAAUGUUUUGUGACUUAUUUUAGCUAGGUUGUUGUUUUGUUUUUUUUAAUAGUACUCUCACAUAUAAAUGGUCACCUCCAUCUAUACCCAGAGGAAAAAUAUGCAGCUGAUCAAACCAAAGAAUUUUGAAAUGUUCUUUAAAUUUACAAAAGGGAUUUUUUUUUCUGCAGCAUAAAACAGCAGAUCUCUCUUUAGAGGUGUGUUUUGUACUUGUUAUAGUUAUUUUAUUUUUUAUAUUCAGUUUUAUCAUGACUGUAUUAAACCUC